GCGGCGAGGAUGGGAGGUGAAGCGGGAUCGGCCUUUCUCAUCACAUUUCGGCCUUUUAUGUCCCGGCAGCAGUGAGGGAGUGUGAAGGCGGCGCGGUCGGGGCGCCUUUGAGUUUAAAUAUUCGCCGACUAAGCGUGCUUUCAAUGAGAUAACCGAGCGAAGCAAACAAAACGAAAAGAAAUAGGUAGAUGAUGCUGUCGGAGCAGUCGCAGACAUGGUUUCCUACCCAUGUCCAAGUGACAGUCUUGCAAGCCCGGGAUCUCAACCCCAAAAGCAAAACCGGCACCAACGACACGUACACCAUCAUCCAGCUGGGCAAGGAGAAAUAUUCGACCUCGGUGGCGGAGAAAACCUUGUGCCCGAUAUGGAAAGAGGAGGUGUCCUUCGAGUUUCCUGGUCUACUGCUGCAGGGGACUCCAGAGAAAUACAUCCUCCACCUGAUUGUCAUGCACCGUUCCCUAGUCGGGCUGGAUAAAUUCCUAGGUCAGGUAGCCAUCUGCCUCAAUGAACUUUUUGAAAACAAAUCGAGGAGGCAAAAGGAGUGGUUCAAGUUGGAAUCUAAACCAGGAAAGAAGUCAAAAGAAAGAGGUGCAAUUCAAGUUUCCAUCCAAUUCAUGCGAAACAAUAUGACUGCAAGUAUGUUCGACCUUUCCAUGAAGGAUAAAACGAGGUCCCCUUUUGCCAAACUGAAAGACAAAAUGAAGGGAAGAAAAAAUGAUGCCACUUUUUCUGAUCAUUCAUCUGCAAUAAUUCCAAGUACAUCUGCUAAACCUGAUCAAGAAGCAUUGGAGACAGACUUAGAACUAAAAUCAAAGCCAAAAAGAGCCUUUUUCUUGGGACCACAGAGGUUAUCGUCUGCCCAGUCAAUGUCAGAUUUACCUGGUCCCCGUCCAGCACUGGGGAAAAUCAAAUCUAAUACCGUAGGCCAUGUGGUCUACAAGCCUCCUACAGAUUCUGUUCACUCCAGUGAAGAAAAAGGUAGUGACUCCCUGGCCAAAUCACCUCACCGGAGAUCACAAAGCAUGGAUACCUCCAAGGUGAACCAAUUUGAUCUAAUUUCUGUCACAAAGAAUGGGAGUGAUCCAGCAAAACCACCAGCUGAUCCAUUUUCAAAGCAAGGCUCAUAUAUAUCACAGAAGGCUGCGACACUUCCAAGAAGCAGAAAUCCUUUUGACAACAGCAGCAGCUCCUGGCAGAUCAGAGACGCAAGUUUUGAAACCACUGCAAAUUAUAGACAUCCAGAAAUUAAACAAGAAACCAAGAGAGACAAAGAGAAGGAUAAAAUCAGCCUCUUUGCGCGUGUGACUGGCAAGAAAGAUGUCAAAAAGUCUGAAAAGGCUAGCAACAUAAAGUCAGACAGCAUUAUUGAUCCAAAUCCACUAAACCCAUUUUCAGGAAACUUUCACAGCAGUUGUGAAUUUGAUUCCAAAAAUCCAUUUGCCACAAAAUACAACACAAUUGGUAUGUCCAGUUUAACCAAAUCCACAAAUUCUGAAGAUAUAAAGGCAAAAGCUUCCACUGACAGACAUAAAUAUCCAGAGAAUAAUCAACAUUCAAAUAAUGCAUUCAAACAACAUCAUUCUGAACACUAUGGAGAAAAAAGCAGAGAUCCCAUUCAACUUGCCAUUGGAUAUCGUAAUUUAUCAUAUGAUGAGCUGAUCUAUGAACUUGUGAAGCAAAAAGAACUUGUUAAGAGAAAGGAUGGUCAAAUCAGAGAGCUUGAGGACUACAUUGAUAACCUCCUAGUGCGAGUAAUGGAGGAAACUCCCAGCAUUCUUAGAGUGCCAUACGAACCAUCUAGAAAGGCUGGGAAACUUUCAAAAAACAAUUGACCUAAUUAACACAUUAGAACUGACAAAAUAUAUUUAAUGUCUGUGACAAAAUGCAAUGGCAACCCUCACGACCUUUUAUAGACCGUGAAUUGGCAAAGAAGUUUACAGAAUGGUAUUUGCUCAUUCCAUAGCGGCUAUUAAGUAAUGAUUGCCAAGCAAAGUAGAAACAAUACAUCUUUUUUUUCCUCUCUCACACUCACACUCACACUCACACUCACACUCACACUCACACUCACACUCACACUCACACUCACACUCACACUCACACUCACACUCACACUCACGCAACAACGAACAAAUUUAAAAUUUCAAUUUAUUUUAAACAAUGUAAUUCAUAUCUUGUAUAGAUUAGCACAUGCAUUGUGACCUCACUAGUAAGUUGACCUGGGGAAUCCCUCCUGAAUAACACUCCCCUGUUGACAUUGCUUACUGUAUUUAUUUUUCUAUUAUCUCUCCAGAUAGUAUGUAGCAGCAAUAGAAUGAAAUAGCGACUCUAAAGUAAAUAUAGCUUUGCAGUAAUUUUUCAUCUAACUAGUUCCAGUACUGUUGCAUACCUUUUGGGAAGGAGCCAAUAUUUAUUUGGGGGGGUUUUCACAGUAAACUUGGUGUUGCAAUUUCUAUUUUAUGCUAGAAGCCAUUAAUACACUUGAAUAUAUGAAAAAAAAAAUCAGUAUACUCUGCGAUGCCAAAAUUGAACACCUUAUACUUGCCUAUAACUUGUUUAUCUGUUGUAUUUGUGUACUUUGGGGAAAGGUCUGACAUAUUUAGUGAGGAGACGUUCACACAAUAAAUUUAGUGGUGUGCUUUCUAUAAUACUGCAGCAGGCAUUCAUACAGUUUAGUUGAAUACAUUUGAAUGCAAAUGUCUCUAAAUGUUCUGUGAUGCCAAAACCAAUCAAUCACUUAAUUCUUGCUUAUUACUUGAUUGCCUUUUAUAUUUUGAUCUUCCAGGAUUUCCAAAACAACACUGGACACUUUUUUUUAUUCUUGAGAGCUCAGUCAACAACUGUUACCACAAUAUGUUUGAUUUAAUUACAAUUACAAUACGCUAGAAAAAUGAUGUUGCCCGUUCUCAUUUUAUCUGUACUUCUUGAGGAAAGGAUGGGAAAUUUUAGGCACAAACCAAAUGGACAACUUUUUAAAUGUAACAAACUGAUUGGAACACUUAUUUACAUACGUUAAAAUGUUAGUUGUGUCAUGAGAGACAGCAGUUUUACUGGCAUUUUUGCAUUUAAGAGAAGUUGGGUAAAUGUUGUUUCACCUAUGGCACCUUAAAAAUUAGAAACUCAGAAUGUGUGACCACACCUUACUCCCUACCCAAAUCACACCUGUUUCAUACCGAGUUGGAUUGAGUGUAGUAUAACUCAAACCUGAGAUACUUUGUAUUUUUUUUUAAACUGUACUGGGAUUUCGUAGGGAGAACCAGCUUCAGUGGUGAACUCUUCAUACAGUCUUCAAACAAACUGUCAAAUUCUGUGUCAAUUUAAAAAAGCAACUGAUCUGAAGAAUGAUAGUUCUUUCAAAUUUUAUAAUAAGUUACAUACAUUUUUGUAAAGACAUUUUUUGGUAGUUGUUCAGAAUAAAAGUUGUGCAUUUUAUGCCAAACUAUA